ACUCCAUCCAGAGACAAUCUUGUUAGAGAAGAGAACCAUUACCAAUUUCAUCCUUGUUCGAUCGUCAUCUUCGUCUCCACUCCUUGAAAACGUUGGAACCCUAAUCUUCUGAUAAUCUAGGGUUCGAGAAUAGAUUCGGAAGAACUAGAUUACGGGACUAGAAUCGAAGACGAUGGCAGGUAGAGAAGUUCGAGAAUACACAAAUCUGUCUGACCCUAAAGAUAAGAAAUUAGGGAAGGGUAAGAUAGAUGAUGAAGACGUCACCUUUCAACGGAUGGUUGCAAAGGGAUAACGGCCCUGUCACCUUUUCUGGUUAUUGCAUAUAGAUGCAAGAGGUUGCUGGUGAACGUGGAGGCUAUCUUCAUGGACGGGGCGCUUUAGACAGCGACGAUUUACUUUAUCUGAAAGAACAGAUGGAAGCAGAGGAAGAUGCAGAACGCCUUCUGAGACGAACUGAGAAACGGGCUUUUGCUGCCUUUAAAAAAGCUGCAACCCAAGCUGAUUCAUCUCCAGCAUCUGUUCCCUUACCACUUCGUGUUGAGCCCAAACCAAAAAGUGGUAUCAGGCAGCAAGAUUUGCUGAGAAAAGUUGUUGAGGUUAAACCUAAACGUCCAAAAGUCUCAACACUGUCAAGCCCAAGCUUAUCUCCCCCUGUUAGAAGUGAUAGAGGUCCAACAGACGCAAAAGUUCACCGAGAUAAGCAGAAAGAAGAAGCUAUGACUGUGUUGAAGAAACUGGACACACCAGAGGAGCAACCUGGCGCAGACAGAAAUGACGGUAAAGCUACGGAAAGCAAUGGACAAGGUGAAAAUGCUCUGAAAGGCUUGUUGGGAUUAGCGUAUGAGAGUUCAGAUGAAGAAGACUGAGAGGAGUGAUGAACCCUGAAUAGGGUUCUAUCUCCUAUAUGUCUUCUUGCUUUUUAUUUUGUGGUCUCCAAUAUUUAUGUCGAAAGCUUACAAGAGUUUAGCUUUAGGGUUCAAUACAUCUUUUGCCAUCUAGCCCUGCACUUGUUGUAAUUGUUGAAACCAAAUGGGUUUGUUGGAGUUUGAAGCAGAUAUUCUAAUGAAGAUGAUUUCAAAAGGCAUACGGGUUGUUA